CUGUUUUUAUGCUUGUCCUAAGAUCUUUUAAGGGGUGGGGUGGUGGGGGUGGUGGGGAAGAGGUAGCCACUAUAUAAAAGAAGCUGCCCUGAGAUUUUAAACCUUUAUACAAAAACUUCCUAGUUGUGUUCCUGACGGGAGUGUUGGGGAACCUAGUCCUCAUGAGUGCAUUGCGUUUCAAACGGGGCAGCCGAAGACUGAUCGACAUCUUCAUCAUCAACCUGGCUGUGUCUGACUUCGUUUUCCUUGUCACGUUGCCUCUCUGGGUGGAUAAAGAAGCAUCUUUAGGACUGUGGAGGACAGGCUCUUUCCUGUGCAAAGGCAGCUCCUACAUGAUCUCAGUCAACAUGCACUGCAAUGUCUUCUUGCUCACCUGCAUGAGUGUUGACCGCUACCUGGCCAUCAUGCGCCCAGCCGUAUCCAGGAAAUUCAGGAGGAGAGACUGUGCAUAUGGAGUCUGUGCCAGUGUCUGGUUUAUCUCCUGCCUUUUGGGUUUGCCUACUCUUCUGUCCAGGGAGCUCACCCUGAUUGAUGAUAAGCCAUACUGUGCAGAGAGGAGCGCUACUCCAAUCAAACUGACUUGGGCCCUGGUGGCCUUAAUUUUUACCUUCUUUGUCCCUUUGGUGAGCAUUGUGACAUGCUAUUGUUGCAUCACAAGGAAGCUGUAUGCCCAUUACCAACAGUCGGGAAAACAUAACAAAAAGCUGAGGAAAUCCAUAAAGAUCAUCUUUAUUGUCGUGGCAGCCUUUGUCUUCUCCUGGCUGCCCUUCAAUACUUUCAAGCUCCUGGCCAUUGUCUCUGGGUUGCAGCAGGAAGUCUACUUUUCCUCAUCUUUUAUCCAGCUAGGCAUGGAGGUGACUGGGCCUUUGGCAUUUGCCAACAGCUGUGUCAACCCUUUCAUUUACUAUAUCUUUGACAGUUACAUCCGCCGGGCUAUCUUGCACUGCUUGUUCCCUUGCCUGAAGAACUAUGACUUUGGGAGCAGCACUGAGACAUCAGAUAGUCACCUCCCCAAGGCUCUCUCCAACUUCAUUCAUGUGGAAGAUUCGGCCAGAAGGAGGAAGAGGUCUGUGUCACUCUAAAAGUCACGGUGACAUUUCAAGCUCUGUUAGUAGAUUGGAGACUUAAUUUGUGUCAGCGAUAAAGAAGGAAAAAAAGUAUUGCUGUUGGUAUUCAUAUUCACAUCGCUUCAGGAAUACAAGGAAGAGUUUAUUUUUAAAGAGAUGAGUGAAAAGUCCCUGUGUUCAUGGCUAUAAUUAAAUCAUAUGCUGUCUUUUUUGUUUUGUUUUGUUUUCCUUUUUUUGUUUUUUGGGUUUUUUUUUUUUUUUUUUUUUUUCUUUUAGCUGAAUGGCCUUCUUUAACUCUGGUCAAUCUAGUUUACCCGGCAAAAUACGACUCCUGUAGACCUUGAACUCUGACAUAAAGGCCGGCUUGGAUCAAUUCCUUUCUUCAUGAUUGUUUAUGUACAUUCAGGCCUUUUCCUCUCUCAAGAACAAUGGUACCUUGACCCACACCGCCCUUCAUAAUGGGCUUCAAUUGGACUACAUCUAAAGGAUUCUGCCCACUUUCAUCUGGUGAGAAAUGUGUUAACAAUACAGGUAGCAAAAAAUAUACGUGUGCCCUUUAGUUAAUUAUUACUGAGUAACAAAGCGAGAGUCUGGCCUUAAUCUUUAAAACUUUGUAUGGCGAUUCUUUACUGCCUUCCAAUGUUAUCUUUCACCCUAAGCCAUUCGCAAUAACUGGACUGUCAGAAAAUUCAUGGGGAUAAAAUCAUUCUGUAUUGUAUUUAUGAUUUAGGACUUCCUUUAUCACCUGGUCUUCUAGAGUAUUUUAACAAGAGAGCACAGGGCAAAGUUUGACCUUUAUUUUCCUUAUAAGAUAUAUUGGUAAAAAUGUAUCUCAUUAUAAUGGCAUAGUAACUACUUUUCAAGAGGGUUUUACUAUGCUCUUUUGUUUUCAUUGACUUCAUACAUUAGGAUAUGACUUUGUUUUAAUUACAUGUUUUUAAUUACUAGUUAUUGAGUUAUCAAAUGAAAUGUAACUACUAAUAUAAUUGGAGGUCCUCAAAUGCUUAGCUACAUCACCAUGUGUAUUAUCAUUUUACAUUUUAAUUAAAAUGUUAGUGCUACACAUUUUCUAUAGCAUCAUUUGCUUGGUGUAUAUAAUUUCAAGACUUGAUUCAGUAAUACAGGAAGACAGUAUGCUCUGUAUUUAGCUAAAGUGAAAAAUACAAAAUGAAGAUAUUACUGAUAUUUUAUAUACAUUUUUCCAAACCCAGAGACUUUGCUGAAUUCUUUCACCCAAUAAAAAUGUAUUAAGUCUACUUGCACGUAUAUUCCUUUUAAAGACUUUGAAGUGAAAAACAUGUAAUUAGCAGCAACCACAAAAGGCUUUUGCUACAGAAAACAUACUAUUGUAAAUAUCUUUUGAUUCAAGAGAAAGUGGGUUAUGUGUUGACCCUCAGUGUUGACACAAAUGAAUUACUAUUUUACUUCUAAAUAUUAGGUUUGAAAAUCAGAGAAAGCUUAGAAUCUUUUCAGAGACUAGGCAAUUCAAGCUCACCCCAUGUAUCUUUCACAUUAAAAGAAAUCUCAAAUAUUUGGCAUACCAUAAUCUAUUUAGAAGUUGAAAAUACAAUGUUAUGCUUUAUAAAUUGGUUAAUUUAUUUUCUCUUAACCUUUAUUAAAUAAAAAUAUAAUUUUCUUAUUUAAGUAUU